CCCGCGCAUGCGCCCUCCCCGAGCGCGCGUCUCCUCUCGCCGUUCCUCUGCUUCGCGAGCGCAGGCUUCCCCGCCCCCAGCUCCUGACGUGUUUCGGACGCUCGGGAACCGCUGUACCCGGGAGGAGGAGCUUCGCGAAGCGUCGCGGGCCGGUGGACAAAAAAGAUGCCACGGAGAAAGAAAAAAGGUAAAGAAGCCUCUGGAGCUCAGAACCUAGAGAAAAAAGAUGCAGAAACUGCCAGUUCUGUCAGUGUGAAGAAGAAGCGUCGAAUUGAAGAUGGAUUCAUUGUGAUAUCUGAUAGUGAUGGAGAGGAACCAAAGGAGGAGAAUGGAUUGCAGAAAACGAAGAUAAAACAGUCGAGUAGAGCAAAGUGUUUGGCCAAAAGAAAAAUUGCACAAAUGACAGAAGAAGAACAGUUUGCUCUGGCUCUCAAAAUGAGUGAACAGGAAGCUCGGGAGGUGAACAGCCAGGAGGAGGAGGAAGAAGAGCUCUUGAGGAAAGCCAUUGCAGAAAGUCUGAAUAGUUGCCGGCCUUCUGAUGCUUCUGCUACCAGAUCUCGACCUCUGGCUACUGGACCAUCUUCAGAGUCCCAUCAAGAGAAAAGCACAGACUCUGGGACCACUGAAGGCAUAUGGCAGCUGGUACCUCCAUCACUGUUUAAAGGCUCACAUAUCAGUCAGGGAAACGAGUCUGAGGAAAGAGAGGAGCCUUGGGACCACAAUGAAAACACUGAAGAGGAGCCGGUCUCUGUCAGCUCAGGAAGCUGGGACCAGUCAAGCCAGCCAGUGUUUGAGAAUGAGAACGUUAAAUGUUUUGACAGAUGUACUGGCCACUUGGCUGAGCACACACAGUGUGGGAAGCCACAGGAAAGUACUGGGAGGGGUUGUGCUUUUCACAAAGCUGCCCAGGGUAGGGGGGACACAUCUAGGCACUGUCUGCCUACCCCAACAGAUGCCAAAGGUCUUCAGGACACUGGAGGCACUGUGCACUACUUCUGGGGUAUUCCAUUCUGCCCUGCUGGAGUAGACCCUAACCAGUAUACUAAGGUCAUUCUCUGCCAGUUGGAGGUUUAUCAGAAGAGCCUGAAAAUGGCUCAGAGGCAGCUCUUAAAAAAAAAAGGGUUUGGGGAACCAGUGUUACCUAGACCUCCUUCUCUGAUCCAGAAUGAAUGUGGCCAAGGAGAUCAGGCUAGUGAAAAAAAUGAAGGCAUCUCAGAAGAUAUGGGAGAUGAAGACAAAGAGGAGAGGCAGGAGUCUAGGGCAUCUGUCUGGCGCGCAAAAACCAAGGAUUUCCAAGAAGGCCCAAUUAAAACCUUGAAAGAGAAACUUUUAUUGGAGGAAGAACCAACAACCAGUCAUGGUCAGUCUUCCCAAGGGCUGUUUGUUGAAGAAACUUCUGAAGAAGGAAACUCUGUACCUGCCUCACAAAGCAUUGCUGCUUUGACUGGUAAGAGAAGCUCAGUCCUUAUGCCAGAGAGUUCUGCAGAGGAAAUCACUGUGUGUCCUGAGACACAGCUAAGUUCCCCUGAAACUUUUGACCUUGAAAAAGAAGGCUUUCCAGAUAGCAGAGAGACCCUGGAUGAAGUAAGCAUAAUGGCAGAUAAGGAGGUUGAUAACAGGGAAGAUGCUAAGAAGGAAAUACAUACUUCUACCUUCUCAUCUAGUACCCAGGUAUCCUGCCCACUAUGUGACCAAGGCUUCCCACCCACAAAGAUUGAGCGACAUGCCAUGUACUGCAAUGGGCUGAUGGGGGGAGAUACAGUGUUGACUCGGAGACAAAAAGAGGCCAAGAACAAGAGUGACAAUGGGAUAGCUGCCCAGACUUCCCUAGACAUUGACAAGAAUGAGAAGUGUUAUCUCUGUAAAUCCCUCGUCCCAUUCAGAGAGUACCAGUGUCAUGUAGAGUCCUGUCUCCAGCUUGCCAGAGUUGACCAAGGAGAUGGGCCUGAAGAGAGUGGGAGACUAUGCUUGGCUGUGGAUGGGAAGCGUCCACAGCAGCUGAAGAACCUGAAGGAAAAAGACCGGAGUGAAGGCCGACUCAUCAGUCUCUUGGAACAGUCUGAAUAUAAGACCACAGAUGCAGAGAUAAAGACCAAGUUUUCAGAAACAGGAGCCUUCAGGGUGCCUUCAGCAGGGGUAGAAGAGGCAGGCUGCAGCAGAGAGAUGCAGAGUUCCCUUGCACAUCUUGACUUAAAUGAGUCUCCCAUCAAGUCUUUUGUUUCUGUUUCAGAAGCUGCAGAUUGCUUAGUGGACUUUAAAAAGCAGCUUACUGCCCGGCCAGGUAGCCGGACACGGACCAAAGCAGGCAGAGGAAGAAGGAGGAAAUCCUGAAUUUCUAGGGUCCAAAGGCUAACAAAACCAUUAGCAGUAGGAGUGGGCCAUGUUCAUUAAGCCUUAGUGGCCUCCAGUUCAUUGUUAAGCAAGUUUUGGUCCUACAGUUUUUACCACCAGCACCCACUUAGCUUUCUGGUUUUUAUGUUUUCUAUGAGCUAUACAGACAACUGUGUAUAGUAUUCUGUUUUAUAACAGUCUGUUUGAAUUCACUUAUGGUUAAAAGAAAAUUUAAAUAUAUUUAUCUAUGUUUCUAUGAAAUCUGAUUUCAAUAAGAUUGAGAUUUUCCUUUUUUUUUCUGGGGUUUUGGGGGAAGGAUAUUUUAAUUAUGAGGCUAGUUCUCAGACUCAUGAAUUACAUAUUUCUGAAUGAAUUUCAUUACUGGUCUUUGACAUAAUGCCUGUAUUUACCGAAUGUAUAGUGCACAAUUCUGAACACUCUGUAGCUACACCCUGGACCUUCUCUGAUGUAAUUCUGAAAGAUGUCAGGCAUUGAAUUCUGCUUCUGUUCUGCCAUCCUUAUCAUUUAGUGACCUGUCACUUCAUCUUGCUGUCUCAUCCAGUUAAGAAUUCUCAGCCAGGAGUUCCCGUCAUGGCUCGGCAAAACAACCCUGAGUAGUAUCCAUGAGGAGGCAGGUUUGAUCCCUGAUCUAGCUCAGUGGGCCAGGAAUCCGGCAUUGCCCUGAACUGUGGUGUAGGUCGAAGACACAAGAUCUGGCCUUGCUGUGGCUGUGGCAUAGGCCAGUGGCUACAGCUCUGAUUCAACCCCUAGCCUGGGAACCUCCAUAUGCUGUGAUUGUGUCCCUAAAAAAAAACAAAAAAACAAAAAAAAACAAAGCAUUCUCAGCCAGAGCUUGGGACCUUCUUUGAGGGAUGUGUCCUGCCAUUCUUGCCUGAAAUUUGUAAGUGAAACUCUCAGUUAUUAGUUCCUACACAUUUUUUCUUUUGUCUUUUUAGAGCCGCACCCAUAGCAUAUGGAAAUUCCCAGGCUAGGGGUCAAAUUGGAGCUAUAGCUGCUGCCCUACACCACAACCACAGCAACACAGGUUCCAAGCUGUGUCUGUGACCUAUAUACCGCAGCUCAUGGCAAUGCUGGGUUUUUAACGCACUAAGUGAGGCCAGGGAUUGAACCCUCGUCCUCAUGGAUACUAGUUGGUUUCAUUACCGAUGUGCCACGACAGGAACUCCCUAGUUCCUAUGCAAUUAUUUUUCUUCCUAAAUGAACCAGUGAGGAUGCCUUAUAUAUUCGUCUGCUAAAACUAUGGUUGGUUCUCUUGUCAUCAGAGGUCAAAGCAACAGUAGGAAAUAGCUUCUAUUUCAGCACAUUGGUAGAGGAGUGCACAUUCUAGACCACAUGGCUCAGGAGUUUCCAGUGAAGAGCAGAGAUGUGGUCUGUCCUCAGUUCACAGGCAGACUCCAAAGAGGAAAGGAUGUUGAAUGGCAGAAGGAACUACCUGAAAGAGAUGACCAGACAAGGAUGAUGAGAAGCUAGCUUUGGCCCACACUGAUUGGAAUAUGGUAUGAGGUGGCUGCUAACCAGGAAAGGAUCCUGGGACAGGAUAAACAGGUCACCACUCGCCUGACUUCUGACUUACCAAGUUCAAAGUUUUCUUUUCCUUUAUUUUAAAACAAACACGAGGUGUGUGUUAGACUGAAGAGGUCAGAGACAGGAUGUAAAGCACAGCACAGGCCUUUAAUGCACUAUUUCCUGCCUAGUUGCCUUUGCACUGUUUUUUGUUUUUUAACAGCUCAUUGAGUUAGAAGAAGACAGGAUGACAGGCUCACUCUUUUUUCCUUCCAUGUCUUGGUGUUGGAUGGCACUGACACUGUGGCCAGCAUCAUGGAAAUAAUUGCUCUUAUUUUUUGAGCCAUUGCUAUGGUUCAGGCAAUGUGGGUACCUUCAUUUAAUCCUCACAGCAACCUUAUGAGGUAGGUAUUAUCCUCCCCAAUUUUCAGAUGAAGAAACAAAAGCUUAGAGUAACAAAUAAAACCAUUAUUUGUCCUGGCAGUGAGACGACAGUGCUGCAUCUCUUCAGUCCUAAAGAGUGCUGUAUUUUGACUCUAGUAUUGAUUAUUUCCCUGUUUUCCUCUAAUGAAAAGUAGUUUAUCAGUUAUGUCCCAUCAACUUAGCUCUCACUAGUCUUCUCCCUCAUUAAAUGGCAAUUUAUUGGAGGUAAAGUUCUAUAAACAGGAAAUAGUGUGUUUUAUCUCUCUGCCUGAAGAUAAGAAAAGGGAAAAGGGAGUUCCCGUCAUGGCACAGUGGUUAACAAAUGCGACUAGGAACCAUGAGGUUGCAGGUUCUGUCCCUGCCCUUGCUCAGUGGGUCAACGAUCCGGCGUUGCCGUGAGUUGUGGUGUAGGUUGCAGACGCGGCUCAGAUCCCGUGUUGCUGUGGCUCUGGCAUAGGCCGGGGGCUACAGCUCCAAUUCGACCCCUAGCCUGGGAAUCUCCGUUUGCCGCGGGAGCGGCCCAAAGAAAUAGCAAAAAGACAAAAAAAAAAAAAAAAAAAAAAGGAGAGGACUGAUUCUUUAAAGUGAAUUAUUUAACUUAAAAUUGUGCAGUCUUACUAGAACAUGGGUCAGUGGCAAAGUAUUGAAGGAAGGUGUGGAUCAGUAGGCCCAGGAGUGAUAGGCUUAUUUGUUAUUGUGGAGUCACGGGGAACAGUCAUCUCCCCAGGCUCUCCAACCUCCAUCUUUGGUGAAGGCUUCUCAUUUGUCUUACUUUCCCAAUGCCAGUGGUCCUGUGGGAGGGACUUUAGUGAGACAUUCAAGAGGCGGCAGUGGAAAGAAUAUGACGUAAUUCUGAAUCUAAAUCCUUACUUCUUUUUUUUUUUUUUUUUUUUUUUUUUUUUGGUUGCACCCAUGGCAUGAAGAAGUUCCCAGGCCAGGAACUGAACCAGCACCACAGCAGCAACUCAAGCUGCUGCAUUGACAAAGCUGGAUCCUUAAUCCAGUUGCACCACAAGAGGAUUCCUGAACCCUUCCUUUUGAUACAAGUUAACUUCUCUGAGACCUAGUUUCCUUGUUUAUGAAGUGGAAGGAAACUUCCAGGGCUGUAAGGAGUAUGAUAAUGUGUUUAAAAGUACAAUAUCUAUCUCAUGGAAAGUGCAUGAAUGGUGGCAACAGUUGUUAUUCAGUGUGAUGCUAGUUUUGUGGAUCAUAAGCAAUGCUUCAUUGAGAGGUGGGAAAGACAGAGAGGGGUGAAGUGCAGAUGUGAGAGGAAGUAGUUCAACUACAUUAGUCCCAUCAGCCACCAGCCUUCCACAGCAAGCUUGGUGUUUAGACCUCACCUAGGGCCCCUGGGGUUUGUUCAUUUGGUGGUUUUGCUUUGCUUCUUCUAUAAAGUAGCUAUUUUGCUGGCGUUGCAAACCCACGGAGAGCUAGGAAGCUCUAUAAACUUCACAAGCUGUUGUGAUAAAUUGGAAAAGAGAAGGUGACUUGUGUGUUAGGUAUCGUAGAUAUGUUAUUUCAUCAGUAGACCUCUAACAGAGGGUGUGCCUUGCCCAUUUCCCCUGGGCCCUCACCAUUCUAUUACAUACCCACAGGGUCCUAUUGCAAGAACCUUGCAACUUAGUACCUGUGCCUUAGUACUUCUCUAGACUAACGUGUGUUACAUGCUGGGAGUGCCAGGGAGUGGAGGGCUCUGAGGCAGCCCUCAGCCAGUGAAAGGUAGAAGUUGGAUAAAUUCCCUGGUAUCCUCACCUCAGGUGCUUGCAUUCUCCCUGUCUCCCAGAGUCCUAUGGGAUUGAGCCCCAAUAGCUCCCAGUGGCAACUUACUUAUGUAUGCUCUGUUGGCUUCCUUUCCUUUCUAUCUCAGUUUCAACUCCCCUAUCAGUGUUUCUUGGAUCUGGGCUGGAACUAGGGUGAGGGGCUCUUACUAUUGGAUUCAUUAUAAGGCAGGGUUGGCACUUGUGUGCAGCAAAGAACGAUUCUCUCCAUUUGGUAGCUAGGCAUCUCACAUGCUCAACAUAAUCCUAGCCCUGCUUCCUAGUUAAACUGUUUGUACUCAAAUUAGGUCUGCUUCUGGGAGAACCCAACCUAAGGCAUUAGUCUCUUAUGUUUUGUACAUGGAAAACCGAGGCUCAGAGAAAUGAAGAAAUUCAUCUAGGUCAUAUAGAUGGUAAAUGGAAUGGGAUUUGAACCCAGGUCUGUCUGACACCAGAGCUAAUUCUCUACUAUACUAUACUACCUCCUACCUUCCACUCGAGUCACAAAAUUCACUGGAAAUUUUAUGCUUGGGUGGGCUCAUUCUUCUCACUUGUGAGGCAGAGCAGCUUUGGCCCUAAGUUGAUUUAGAACAUAGGAAUUAGGAUGAGGGGAGGGCAGGUAGUAAGUGGAUGGUAAUACCAGUGGGAAGAUGGAAGAACGUAAUUAACUCUGUGGAAAAGCUGCUGAAGUCAUGUGUACCAGGAAGGCAGGAAGAGUUUACUUAUUUCCUCUUGGUUUCAAAAGCUACAGCCCACAUUUCCUGAGCUGAUCUCCUCUCCCUUCCCUUAAUUCCUCCUGGACAGGUUGAGAUUGGCACUGAGGGUCUAUGAAGAACCCUUGUCAGGACUUGUCCUUCCCCUUGUUGAUCAGUGGCCAUCUAGUGUUUGAAGAGAACUGCUGAUUCCUCUGCUGCAGUCUGUGCUGUCAUAGCUGUUCAUAGACCUCAAACCCAGGCUGCGUUCUCCCUCAGUAGGCCCUGGCACAGACCUCUGACACUCUGCCUAGGUCGCUGAGGAAAUAGACAUUGAACUUGCAGAAACACAGACAAAGAGCCCUGGCAUUGCUUGUCAGAGGCGUAUCUUCACCCUGGCUCAGGAGACUCCAAACUGACUGUCAGCAUGAAUCGCAGCUAGGCCUUUCACAUUCAGUUCCAUAUUCUCUCCUAACUAAACAAAGUUGAGAGACUGGAGCCCCAGGCUAAGAAGGAUGCUCUGUUGUAGAUGGUGGCCACUCUGUCCUCCCCACCCCCAUUCCCAGUUACCCUGCUAAUCAGAGCCAAUAUGCUUGAUUGGUACCCAGUGAACUGGGCAGCAGGGCUGACUUCUGGCAUGUUUCCAGGGCCAGCCAUGCCAAAACUGAUAAAAUAGCCAUCUUCCUUGAUCUCCAUCCUGGUGUCAUGAGCAGGCCAAGUAUUGUUUGUGAUUAAUAUUAGGCUUGUUGCUGAUGAAAGUUUUAAAGUAUAUGCUCACCAAUUUCCUUGAAAUGAAAAUUGGUACAGUAUGUCUAGUCUCCUAUCAUGGCGGGUAUCUUAGUCUGUUUGGACUGCUAUAAAAAAAAAAA